GGCCGGACUGUCUUCCUGGUUUCAGUAGCCUUCAGUUUCAGUCAGCCUCCUCUGUCAACACAAUAGCUCGUCUGUCACCGCGCUCAUUUCACCAUCUCUAGUUUUUAUCGUUUCGACGCGUUCGUUUCUUGUCAUCGCUUGAUUAUAAUGGAUAAUUACGUGUUCCGGUCGCUCUGACAGAACAUUUUGCUUCGCCAGACUCAUCUGAGAUCUCGAAUUGUGGUGUUUUUCCUUGACCUGACCAGAACAUUUGUUUUACCAGCAUACUGUUGCCGACAGAUAGACAGUUGUAGCGAGCUGCAGGUAUGGGCUUUGCUGAGGACUUGUGGUGCCCUCAGGGUCACGCCGCCCUAAUGAAACUACAAGACUCUGAGCUGCGUUUGAUGGAGGUUAUGAAGAAAUGGAUCACGCAGAGGGCCAAGAGCGAUCGCGAGUUCUCCGUACAGUUGCAUCAAAUGUCAGCCAUUGUUGAGAAACUGGAGGGUUCCCAGCCUGGAGGAGGUAUCGACUACAUCAGCCAGUUCAAUAAGUCGUGGAACGUGCUGGUCAGUCAGACGGAGAGCCUCAGUCGUAUCAUGCGCAAGCAUUCAGAGGAUCUGAUGGUGGGACCCCUCAGCAAACUCACCCUCCUCGUCCGGGACAAACAGCAGCUGAGGAAGACUUACGGGGAACAGUGGAACCUUCUCAGCCAAGAGAUGUGCAGGGUCACCCAAAUCGAACUGGACCGGCUCAAGUCCAGUUACAGACAACUGGUACGGGACGCGGCCCAGGCGAAAAAAAAAUAUCAGGAAGCAAGCAAAGACAAAGAACGCGAGAAAGCGAAGGAGCGCUACGUCAAAGCCACUCUGAAACUCCAUGAGCAUCACAAUGAAUAUGUGCUGUCGGUGAAGGCCGCCCAGGUGCAUCACCAACUCCACUACGGCCAGAGUCAGCCGGCCCUGCUGGGAGCCCUGCAGACGCUGCAGGAGGAGAUGGUGCUUAUUCUGAAGGAGAUUCUGCAGGAAUAUUUUGAUCUGUCUAAUCUGCUUCAUGAUGAGGUGGUGAGUGUUCACACUGAAAUGGCCAACGCCCUGAAGGCCAUCCAGCCUCACAAAGAGUACGAGAGCUUCAUUCAGCAGAACAGGUCAAGAGGAGAGAUUCCUGCAUGUGUGGAGUUUGACAGCAGUUUGUUGGAGGACGCUGAAGGUCUAAUGCCUGAAGAUCUGCAGCUCAAUGAGCUCACGGUAGAGGGAAUCCAGCAUCGGCUCACUGCUGUGGAGGAGGAGCUCUUGUGUCUUUCUAGUACUCUUGGUUCCCAGCAGGCCACUGUCAACCAGCUGGAGUUGGAUCUGGAGAAUGAGGAAGGCUCUGCAAACAUAGGCCAGAGGGUGUAUCAGUUCAGUAAGCGUAAUGCUCUGGAGGACAGCAGACAGCAGGUUGUUCUGUCUAUGGUGGCUCGCGCUCGUCUGGAGGCCCAGCGGAGAGUUCUUUCCGAUAAACUUCAGUCUCUGGGCAACAGUGAGGUUGCACCUGUAGGCCUGGAUGAUGAUCAGAUAUCUGUCACCUCCAACAACUCAGAGCGUGACAGAGACCAUAAGCACCUCAACAUAGACGUGAUCGUGAGCCAUCUCAGCAGCUUGUUCAAGCCCAAGUAUAUGAGUAGCGUGUUUUAUACAUCUCACCAGGUACCCCCCGCUCUGACGCCGGUGCCCGAGGUAGAGAAGCCCUUGCCUCAGCAGGGCUGGUAUCAUGGUGCCAUCCCCCGUCUGGAGGUUCAGGAACUGCUGAAGAAUGAUGGGGACUUCCUGGUUAGAGAAAGCCAGGGAAAACAAGAAUACGUGUUGUCUGUGCACUGGGGAGGCCAGUGCCGGCACUUCCUUAUUCAGAGUACAGAAGGUGUGUAUCGUCUUGACGGUGAGGGCUUCGCCUCUGUACCACUGCUAAUGAAUCAUCUCCUCAGCUCCCAUCAAAGUGUCACAAAGAGGACAGACAUUUUGCUGAAGAGACCCAUCCUCAAGGAUAAGUGGGUCUUGGAGCAUGACGAUGUCAUCCUCGGACAGAGCAUUGGUCGGGGCAACUUUGGUGAGGUGUUCUGCGGCCGCCUGCGUUCAGACAAUACGCCAAUCGCUGUGAAAGCCUGCCGAGAGAAUCUACCUGUCGAACACAAGAACAAGUUCCUAAUGGAGGCCCGGAUCCUAAAACAGUACGACCACCCAAACAUAGUGAAGCUAAUCGGUGUCUGCACACAAAAACAGCCAAUAUAUAUCAUCAUGGAGUUAGUCCAAGGAGGGGACUUUCUAACCUUUUUGCGCACAGAGGGCCACAACUUGAAGCCCAAGAUGUUGAUCCGAAUGGCAGAAAAUGUUGCAUCUGGCAUGGCGUACCUGGAAAACAAGAAGUGCAUUCAUCGAGAUCUGGCUGCCCGUAACUGUCUUGUGGGAGAGGAGAGCGUGGUGAAGAUCAGUGAUUUUGGUAUGUCUCGUCAGGAGCAGGAUGGUGUUUAUUCUGCUACAGGAGGAAUGAAGCAGAUCCCAGUCAAAUGGACGGCACCAGAGGCCCUCAAUUACGGGCGAUACACCACUGAGAGUGAUGUGUGGAGUUUUGGAGUGCUGCUGUGGGAGACGUUCUCCAGAGGAGUCACACCGUACACCAUACCAAAUAACAUGAAUAACCAACAGACCAGAGAUGAGGUGGAGAGAGGAUAUCGUAUGCCGGCCCCAAAUAACUGUCCGGAUGAAAUCUAUGCCCUCAUGUGUCAGUGCUGGCAGUAUGAUCCAAGAAAACGACCCUCAUUUCGUAAACUGAAGGCAGAUCUGUACGCUUUAAGUCGGUAACGCACACACACAUGCUUACAUGCAUAGGCCUAAGUGCAAAUAUUUUAUGAUGAGGCCAAAGCAAAGGGUUUAUUUUUUUCAUUUGUGUG